AAUUGACACGGCCAACUCACAUCCAUCAUCUUCGUGUACUCGGAUUCAAUCCCGGGGCUUGCCAACGACCGCUAUUCAAUUGUCAAUGUUGCCACGAGGAGAUCCAUAAAUCAUGAUACGCAAGGGUGAUGAUCAGUUUAGUCAGGAGCUUGCUUCUGUUCGUUUUUCUUGGACAAAUUGCCCAUGGAGAGGAGGAUUCCUCGGAAAAGCGCUUUUAUGCCAAGCGAUUGGCUCAACUUCAAGAGCUCCUCGCCCAGAGACGAUCGAUGAAUUGUCCUUGUGGGAUAGCCAAACGAGGUGAGCAACGAAGCCCCAACGUGGAUCAAAUGUCGGAUGCCAAGCCAAGAAUUGUCAACGGCUACGAGCCCGAGUAUCGACCUUGGAUGACUUUCAUUCAACAAAGGACAUUGGAUAACAAACUCAAGAUCUGUGGCGGCUCCAUCAUCAACAAGCGAUGGAUCUUGACCGCGGCCCAUUGCAUUUGCAUGACCAUGCCUUGCAAGCAAGAUCCCAGCAAGGCUGGGACCGUGAUCGACUUUGACCCCAAAGAGUAUUUCAGAGUGGUGGUGGGUUUGAAGGAUCUGGCCCUCCUGCCACGCUAUCCUGAAUCUACUCAUGUGAUUGUGGAUAUUGUGGUUCAUCCCAAAUAUUUUUUCGGGAAAAAUGAACGUGACGAUAUUGCUCUGCUCAAACUGGAAAACGAGCUGAUCUUCUCGGACAAGAUCAUGCCUAUCUGUCUACCAUACGGAACUCGGUUUCCCGACCAACUCGGCGAAGUUUUCGUCGCAGGCUGGGGUGCGAGACAUGAGCUUAAAUGCACAACCAACGAGUACGGACCAGUGCGCAAUUCCAAGUGCAAAUUUCCGUUUCGUUACAAAAUGAUGCUGGCACAUGAAUGUAUCAAGAUGUCCAACCCCACCAGCCUCGAUGCCAUGUGCAGAAUGUUAAAAAAGAAACAGAACUUCAGCGUGUUCCCACCAGAGGGCGUGGUGCACAUUGACAUCGAACGAAAAGGAAAGGCCGACGAUGACUCGCUGAUGACCCGUUGCUUCAAUCAAUCGGUGGGAGAGUAUGGUUGGUGUGGAACGUGUAUCGAAAGCGAGAAAACGCCCGGUAGACCCGGGUAUUGUGGAACGAAUGCCACCAACGGGGAAGAUGAGGCGGUUGACGUGGAAGCCUUUCAAAGUUGGGGCUUUUGUAACAAACACUGCUCAAAUUCAAAUCCUUUGAAGGAUAUUCUUCAAGAGGUGAAACUGGAGCUGGUUCCACGUGCAUCUUGUGAAUCCUUGGGAGGGUUCAUGAAUGUUUCCACGAAAACCGAACUAUGUGCUGGGCAUCGGGUUUUCACCUCAAGACAUGAAUACUAUGCAAAUAAAAACUCCGAAGAGCCCGAUUUAAGCUUUGAAAUCAAAGCCAAGGAUGAACGAGAGGUGUCUUAUGGUGGUAAGGACGCCUGUGUUGGCGACAGUGGCGGUCCUUUGUGGAAAUGGAUCGGAAAGAAGCGACCUCGAGCUUUUGCCAUUGGAGUGGUUAGUCGAGGCAAAGGCUGUGCUCGCAAAGACAAUCCAGGCAUCUACACCCGCGUCAAACUCUACUUGGAUUGGAUUUUCGCUCAUGCCGGUGACGACAAAUGCUCUUGAGGACCCUUGAAUAAACCGAAACUCUUUCUCUGGA